AGGCUAGGACGGAGUAUUCAAAGUCUUGACAAGAGUUUGCUGGUUCUGAGGGGGGGGGGGGGGGGGGUUGAGAGACAUGCUGCAUGUCGAUCCGGUAUAAGAAGUUGGGUUUGAUAAUUCUUGCGGCCAGUUCGACGCGAAAUGACUGCAGCUCCUCGGGAUAGUGUUGGCACUGUGCCGGUCGCGGACGCUCCUGCGGACGCCCCUGAGGCGAAGGCCCCAGGGGGAUUUGGCGUAAGGCAUCUUGAGAUACUGUUGAUGUUUUGUGGUAUGACCAUUGCCUACAUGCUUCGAGUCAACAUGUCUGUGGCUAUUGUGGCGAUGUCCGAUUCCUCAACAUCAAAUCCAGACAUCGAGGAUUUUGGCUGGGACUCGUCGACGCAAUCGUAUAUACUGAGCUCCUUCUUUUGGGGCUACGUCAUAACCCAGAUACCUGCAGGCCAAAUCGCUCACCUGUGGAGUGCCGCCAAACUUUGGUCAUUAUGCAUGUUCGUUUGCGGGGUUGUCAACAUUUUGAUACCGGUUGCCGCCCGUGUCGGAGACUGGGGUGCCGUAUGCGCCUGCAGAAUCGUCAUGGGACUUUCCCAGGGCUGCGUUCUUCCCUCCGUCCACACUCUUCUUGGAAAAUGGGUUCCGCCUAACGAACGUGCACGAUUGGGAACUUACGCGUACGCGGGAGCGCAGUUUGGAACAGUAAUCGGACUUCCGGUUUCUGGACUUCUUGCCGCAUCGUCGGCCGGAUGGCCGAGCAUCUUCUACCUCGUAGGUGCGAUCACCAUCGCCUGGUCUGUCGUCUUCUUUAUCUGGGGCUCAGACAGUCCGGCUCGUCACCGGAGCAUCAAACCCGCGGAGAAAGACUACAUCGAGACAAGCCUCGGGCAGGUCGAUGUGCAAACGCAACAUUCCACACCGUGGAUAAAGAUAAUCACCUCAGUUCCUGUUUGGUCUUUGAUCAUCGUUCACUGCGGUCAAAACUGGGGCUAUUGGACAUUGCUCACGGAAAUGCCUAGCUACAUGAAUCAUAUUUUGGGAUUCGACAUCUCAAAGGUAAUAAUUAGGAAACGCUGUAUAACGUUUGAUCAAUACAACGGUUUCAUCUCCGCGUUACCUUACCUGGCUAUGUGGCUGCUCAGUUUUCCGUUCAGCUGGUUUUCUGAUUACGUGAUACGGCGCGGCUGGGUUUCACGAGCUGUUUCAAGGAAGGUCUCGAACAGCAUUGGGCACUGGGGUCCAGCAGUCGCUUUGAUGGGCCUCGGCUACGCGACCGCCGAACAUACCGUGAUCGCGGUUGUCAUUCUCGUUUUUGCGGUCGGAUUAAACGCCGGCUCACUCUGCGGUUACCAAAUCAACCACAUUGACUUGAGUCCAAACUUUGCGGGGACUUUGAUGGCCAUCACUAAUUGUAUAGCGAACAUUAUGUCCAUUGUCGCCCCUCUAAUUUGCGGUCUAAUCGUUAUCGAUCUCACGGACCUCACUCAGUGGAGAACUGUCUUCUUCAUCUCGGCAGGAAUCUAUAUCCUUUGUAACUUGGUGUUUGUUUUGUUUGGAAAAGCUGAAGUCCAGCCGUGGAAUGAUACCGAGGUGAAACCGGAUAGUGAGAACGGAAGAAAUCAGAGCAGCAAAAAGACCGACGGCAAGUCUGAAAAUAAGUAACAAUAUGGGACGCGGAAUUAGCUGAGGGGGUCUUCUCUACAAUUUUCGGUAAUACUACCUGACAGUAUUAUUGCGUACAUUUAUUCAUCAAGUAUGAGCACCAGUCAAGUAAAAUACUUACGAAGCUCGACUAAAAUGCAAUUCUGAUUUCCGUGUGAGAGGAACGAAAACGCGUGGGGCAAAUUGUAUAAUAUACAAAAUGGAAGAACCUGCAACGCUACAAGUCAGCAUUAGUCAAGUAUUUAGUAUGCCUUACACAAUAAAGCCAAAGUAUAAAAAAACAU